AUGCAAAAAAUAUAAUUACAAACUGUCACUCAAGACUAAGCAGCCUACAACAGGAAUGCAUAAAAAAUUAUUGAAAAACUAAAAGCUAAUGAUAUUGAAUUAAUCGAUGCCACUCUUGAAUAUGCUGUCCAAAUUUUUAAUUCAAAUGAACCACCCUUAAAGAAAUUAUUAAUCUUGAGAGUAUUUUCAAUCUUAUCUUAGCUUAUCAAAGAUGCAAUACUCAUAAAAUCUGGCAAAUUUAUAAACAAAUAUAUUUAAACUAGACCUUUGAUGACAUUUAUCGGAAAUAUCUGUACUCAUAAAUUAGGAGAUUCCAAUCUCAAUCGAGGUGCUGAUUUAUUUUAUGGACAAGAUUCGCAAUCAAGUAUUGAAUUCUUAAACUUGGCUCUCUAAUUGGUUGAGUUCCUUGCUACAACAUUUCCGAAGGAUUCUAAGGGAGCACCUACUAAAUUUAAAAUCUAAUAUGAUGAAUUAGUCUAAAUGGGAGUUAAAUUUCCACCUUAAUCAAGUCUUAUUUUACCGCUUGAUCCCAACAUUGUUUCACAAAAGUAGCAAAACAAUAAUAAAGAGAGAGAUGAAACUAUGCUCAAAUUAAAUGAAAGCAAACAAACCAUUUACUAAGAUAUUGAAAUGAUCAAUGAAACAUUGGUUAAUAAUUUUGAUAUGGGAUAUAUUAAUGAAGUAUUAGUUAAUUUAAGUGAAUCUAUGAACUUCAUAGAAAAAUAAUUUGCAAGUCUUAUUUAUAAGGCCAAUGAAUAUGAAGGUGUUUUGAGUGAAGAUGAAUUAGCAGAACUACACGCUCUAUAAGAUUUCGUUAAGAAAUUCCAAAUAUAUUAUUAUGCCUUUCUAGAACAGGAAUGUAGUUCCGAUGCUUAUAAUUAAUUAAAAAAGAGGACUUUGGCUCACAUUUAGAAAAUAUAAAAUAAAGAUUUCGAUAAUCCUCCUCCCUAAUAAUAUAAGCAGACAAUGUAAUAAUAAUCUCAGUAAUUUUAAUCCUAAUUUUAAAAUGAAGAUGAAAUGUUGAAGAAAGCAAUUGAAGAAUCUAAAAUGUGGCAACAAAAUUCUUAAAUUUAAUAGAAAUAAUUUAAUGAGUAAAAGAAACUAUUGGAAAUAAAUAAAUAGUAAGAAGACUAACAUUUAGCAAAACUUAGAGAAGAAUAAAUUAAAUAGGAGUAAUCGAGGGCAGAAGAAUAAAGAAGAGAAAAUGAAAGAAAAGAAAAAGAAAAGCAAGAAUAAAUUAGAUACGAGUAAAUUAGAUAAGAAUAAGUUAAAUAAGAAUAAUUAAGAUUGGAAGAAAAUAGAAAAGGACAAUUAAAAUUAGAGCAGGUAAAAUCAGAAUAAAAGAGAUCAGAAGCAAUAUAAUAACAAUAAUCAUAGAUGAAACAGAAGGAAAUUGAAAAUUAUUGGAACAAUUAAUUUCAAACUCCUAAUCCAGAUAAUUAGUAAUAUAUAACACUAACAAAAUUAGGAUCAAAUACAAUUCCUUAAAAAUAAUAAUAAUAAGCUUAAUCAUUUAUGGAAUCGUCAUUUUAAUAAAAAAAAUCAGCUAAUUAAUAAUAAAAUGGAAUAAUUAAUACUAAUUAUAUGUAUUCUACAGUUAAUUAGUAAUAAAAAUAGGCUUAUGCAAACUAAUUUGAAUAAAAUAAUAAUAAUUUCUAAUAGUUUCAUGAUUAAAAUACAAGAGAAUAACUUCCAAUGAAUCAUAUAACCUCUAAUAUUGGAAAAAGAAAGGAAUUUGAUGAAAAUUUCGAUGGAUUGAGUCAAUCUACUUUAACUUAAUCAUUUUUCCCUUUAAAAAUGGAUCAAUAAAUACCUAUAAAAUAAUAUAUUGGUAAAUUUGUCAAAUAUGAUAAUACUUAAUUUGAGUUAUUACAUAUGUAUGGUUUAACAGAAUCUCAAAAGAAACGUUUCAAAAUAGCCACUAUAAAGGGUAGAGCAACAUUAGUAAACUCUCCAUAACUUUAAGUCGGGAUUAAAUAAGAAUUACAAUAUGUUCCUUUGAAAGAGAAAAUCUAUUUAAAACUAACCUUAUAUAUUGGCAAUAAAACUCAAUCUAACUUUGAUAGCUGUAAAAUACAAUUUGAAGGAGAUAGUAAAUAAUUUUCGAUGUGGUUAAAACCAGAUAAGAUGGUAGAUAAAAUCGAAGCAGGGCAACAAAUAUAAUAGGAAGUAAUAGGAAUUUUUAAAUAGUAUGAAAAUUAUAGAUUAGUAAAUGUAUUAUUUGCUUCUCAAUGGGCAAACAAAUAAAUAUCAUCAAAUUUCUUUUUAACAACCACUUUAGUUUCAUUUAUGGAUUUCAAAGAUAUCAGCCUGUAAAUUUUUAGAACAAAAUGGAGAUAAAAGAAAACAUAAAUUUUGAGAGGAGAAACAUUUAUACUCAAUCCUAAAAUAGUGAAAACAGGAAACUAUUUAAGAAAGAUAUUUCCAAAGUUAUGUGAGUUCAACUCUUAUUAAUUAUUUUAGGAUCAAUAAUUGGAUUACUUUAGGGAUAGAUAAUUCAAUUACAUUUCUUAUAAACUUUGUGGAAUUUUUGAAUUGACUAAUGUGAAUUAAAAUUAUAUGAUUAAGUUUAUAGUUUUACCCAACAUGUAAUGUACAAUACAAAUAAUUGGAAAUAAUGAACCUUUGUGUAAAUAAUUGUUGAGUACACUUCAUUGGAUAUUGGGCUUAGAAUGA